GACCAAAUGUUGUUUGAAAGUAUAUACAUACAAUGUUUGAACAAAUUUUCUAAAUACAAGAAGUUUGUGUGCCACACUACAUGUAAUUGUCCCAAUUACAAAAUUAUUGGUUAUCUUCUUUACUUUUUGUGUCUGUGUCGGCCGAUAAAUUGUAGUCUUCCUCUCUCCCGUCACGACCUUGCGUUCGGUUCGUUUUCUUAUUACUUGACAAUGUUUCUCUAUAGAAUACUCGUCCGCCUCUUACAAUUUUAUUAUUUUGUCAAAUUCUCGGCAAUUCUAUUCCUGGGAUUUGCGGUUAAAGGAAGAUCAUUGUUUGAGAAAAAGCAGCGGGAGAAGCCAAACGUUUUGGAAGGAUGGGACAGCAGGUACAUCAAGUUAAAGAAAGUGCGGCUUCAUUAUGUCCAAACUGGAUCCGAUGACAAACCAUUAAUGCUAUUUAUUCAUGGAUACCCCGAGUUUUGGUAUUCUUGGAGAUUUCAGUUGAAAGAAUUUGCAGAUAAAUACAGAUGUGUGGCAAUCGAUCAACGUGGCUACAAUCUUUCCGAUAAGCCAAAACACGUGGAUAAUUAUUCAAUUGAUGAGCUAACUGGAGAUAUUCGAGAUGUCAUUGAAGGUCUUGGUUAUGACAAAGCUAUUGUAGUUGCUCAUGACUGGGGAGGUCUUGUUGCGUGGCAAUUCGCGGAACAGUAUCCAGAGAUGGUGGAUAAGUUGAUUUGUUGCAACAUUCCAAGACCCGGGUCUUUUAGAAAACGAAUUUAUACCAGCUGGUCACAGUUCAGAAAAAGCUGGUACAUGUUCUUCUACCAAAACGAGAAAAUACCAGAAAUGCUGUGUUCGGCUGAUGAUAUGAAAAUGUUGGAGCUCUGCUUUAGAGCCAAAGAAAUUGGAAUACAAAACAACAAGAACUUCACGGAUGAGGAUUUGGAAGCAUGGAAGUAUUCAUUUUCAAUGAAUGGAGCCUCAUUCAAAUAUCCUAUUAACUACUAUCGAAAUAUUUUUAAUGCAAAGAAGCAACAGGCUGAUUUAGUGUUGGAGAUGCCCACACUUAUCAUCUGGGGAACUGCGGACGGAGCAUUGGACAUUGAAGCAGCCGUGGAUAGUUUGAACACCCUCAAACAAGGAACAAUGAAGAAAAUCGAAGGAGCUUCACAUUGGGUUCAACAGGAUGAACCUGAGAUGGUUAAUGAGCAUAUAAAAAAAUUUUUGAAUAAGUAUCAGUAGUUUUUUGUUUUUGAGAAUUUGUUUUAAAGCUAAUCAUCAAAAUUAAAAUAAAGAAAUUCUUAUUGUG